AUGGUGAACGCCAAGCAGCGUCGCAAGCUCCUGCGCGAACAGCAGCAGCCAAAGCAACAAGAGGAAGGCAUUAGCAUCAAGGAAGAAAUCAAGGAGGAGGUCACAGCAAUAGUAUCAGCAGCAACAACUCAAGACGAUGACGAGCAACGUAACACCAAAGAGCGUCGCCGGUUGGCACGCCUAGCAAAGCAGAAAAUUGAAGUUGUGACUGGAAAAGAUGAGACCAUAGUGGCUACAAGUAAAGUGACAAAUGAUGAUACUGAUGAGCCAAUGAACGCCCAGCAGCGUCGUCUGUUGAAGCGUCAAACGAAGCGGAAACUCGAGGGAGUCGAAGACGCAAAGCCGCUGCAAAAGGAGAAGAAGCGGAAGAAACAGAAGAAGGACGAGGAUAACGAUGUCCACAAGAGCAUUCACUUGACGUUGUUUGUAGGACAGCUGCCAUUUCGUGCUACUGAGGGAAUGAUCCGGAAACAUUUUGCAGAGGCGGGUGAUAUCAAGCUCCGCAUGCUGACGGACAAGAAGACUAAAAAGUUCAAAGGCACGGCAUUUAUUGAGGUGAAGGACAGUAAGGCACUGGGUGCCGCACUUUCGCGUCAUCAUACGUUGUUGCAGGGACGUCGGAUCAAUGUCGAGUUGACUGCCAGUGGUGGAGGCAACAAGUCGGAGAACCGACGCAACAAAAUUGAUUUGUUGAGGAAGAAACAAAGCAGCGUUCAGGUGACAAAGACCAAGGCGUUGAUUCAGAAACACAUUGACGGACCAGAGUAUAAGCUCAAGCAGGAGGACGUGGAUGAUAGGAUGAUUGAUUUUUUGUCGUGGUUCGAUUAUGAAACGGCUAAGAAUGCGUUGGAUGAGUACAACCGCUGUGUGAGCGAUCGUGUGAAUAACCGCAAGGCCUUUUUCAUGGGAAUCUUGAAGCGAUUUCGACAGACAGACGGCGAGGAGUAG